GACGUGGUUUUUGUGGGAUUGUGAGACCAAGAUAACCUUUAUCGGAAGGAUGGAAUUGGGAAAAGGAAAGCUGCUCAGAACUGGACUGAAUGUAUUGGAUCAAGCAAUCCACCCAGUCCAUGGGCUUGCCUGGACGGAUGGGAAUCAUGUAGUCCUAACUGAUUUACAGCUUCACAGUGGAGAAGCCAAAUUUGGGGACUCCAGGGUCAUUGGACAGUUUGAAUACGUCUGUAGGCUGUCAUGGGCCACACCUGUUACAGCUGACACACCCAUUCUGCUCGCUGUCCAGCACGAGAAGCAUGUCACUGUGUGGCAGCUGUGUCCCAGUCCUAUGGAGACAAGCAAAUGGCUGAUGUCUCAGACCUGUGAAAUUAGUGAAUCACUGCCUGUCCUUCCUCAGGGCUGUGUGUGGCACCCAAAGAGUGCUAUCCUGACUGUGUUGACUGCACAGGAUGUCUCUGUUUUCCCUUACGUUCACUGUGACAACUCCCGGGUAAAAGCAGACAUCGCAACCCAGGGUCGCAUUCACUGUGCAUGCUGGACCCAAGAUGGCCAGAGGCUGGUGGUGGCAGUAGGCAGCAGCCUGCAUUCUUAUAUUUGGGACAGUGCUCAGAAGAUUCUUUACAGGUGUUUCUUCUGCCCAGUGUUUGAUGUGGGCAGCUACAUCUGCUCCAUCAGAGCAACUAUGGACUCACAGGUUGCCAUAGCUACUGAGCUUCCGCUAGCUAAACUCUGUGGCUUAAAUGCAUCUGAAGUCUUUGUUGUCACACCCAAUGUUGAAGACACUUCUCUGAAUACUUUACCAGUCCCUACUGAAGUGUCCUCUGUGGGUGUAGAGGCGAUGGAUUCUGAAACAAGUUCUGAAAUAUCAGUUUCUUCCUCCUACUUAGAUCCUCUGGAUCUAACUCAUAUACAUUUCAAUCAUCAUAGGUCUGAGGGUGAUUCUCUAACUUGUCUAAGAAAAAAGGACUACUUGACAGGAACUGGCCGAGAUUCUUCACAUUUGUUCCUCGUGACCUUUAAGAAGGAGGUUACUAUGACAAGAAAAGUCACCAUUCCAGGUCUGCUGGUUCCUGAUCUAAUAGCAUUUAAUCACAAAGCACAGGUAGUGGCAGUGGCUUCCAAUACUUGUAAUAUAAUUUUUGUCUAUUCUGUCAUUCCAUCUUCUGUGCCAAACAUCCAGAAAAUUCAGUUAGAGAAUACCGAAAGACCCAAAGGCAUAUGCUUUUUGACAGACAAAUUAUUACUGAUUUUGGUAGGAAAACAAAAAUGUACUGAUACGACAUUUAUUCCUUCUUCAAAGUCUGAUCAGUAUGUAAUUCGUGUGAUUGUUAGGGAAGUAAUGUUGGAAGAAGAAUCCUCAGUAACUUCAAACGAAAGCCAGAGCACCUACUCUACUUUCAGUGCUCUGUUAAGUAAAGCAAAUGGAGACAAGUUAAUUGAAAGUCUUUCCCCUGGUUUUGGUCACCAAAACAGAGGGCUCUUGUUAUCAGCUAAUACCAGUAGUCAUAAUGGAAGGCCUGGAAGAAUCCUUAUUAAAGAAAUCCAGAGUCCUUUGUCUAGUAUCUAUGAGGGCUCCAUAGCCCCAGAAACACCGAUUGCUGCACCUGCUGACCGGUCAGCAUCAGUGCCCAGACACAGUAGCACACCGGACCACACCAGCACACCGAGGCCUCCUGAUUUGCCUCAAGGAAAGAACUUACAAAGGAGAAAGAACACUUAUCUGCUAUCUGAGGAAGUGGAAAUUUUAUCUAGGAACAUGAGUGAGAUGCAGCGGUGUGUUUCUCAACUCAAAGACUUUCUACAUAACGGGAAGAAGUCCUCUUCAGGGUAUCCACUCUCUCAGGAUCCCCCUUAUGUUCACGUCAUUUACCAGAAACCUUGUUAUGAAGGUCUUGUUAUUGAAAAAAGAGCGAUCCUUCUCUGUGAUGGCAAACUAAGGCUCAGUACAGUUCAGCAGGUGUUUGGCAUCUCUCUCAUUGAAAUGCUGCAUGAAUCUCACUGGAUCCUCCUUUCUGCUGACAGUGAGGGCUUCAUCCCAUUAACCUUCACAGCCACACAGGAAAUACGCAUAAGAGAUGGCAGCCUGUCCAGGUCACUUGUUUUCAGAGACUCUUCUUCUCUGUCUGGAUCCUGUUCCUCCUCUUAAAUUCUUUGCAGGCCUUACUGCCCCAAAUUCUGAUACCACUGGCUGUUGCAACCGUUUUAACAGUUCGGCUUGGUAUCCGCAGAGUACUGACUGUGCAGCUCUUCAGAUGAGAUUAUUACAAACAAGGUCUGUUUUCCACUGUAGACUCUCCCGGUGAGAUUCGCACUGUGCUCAGGCAAAACACUUGGCACGGUUGUCUCUGCCACUUUCCUUUUCCCCUGGGCUGAAGCUUGCUGCUCUGACUUUUUUCGAUGGCUCAGAAAAUGGUUGUUUAUGUCUUCAUGACUGUGUGGUUUUGUCUGAGGGCAGCAUUCUCAGAACAGACAAUAAUACGGUGCCAUAUGGAUUGUGCUUAUGGUGUCUCUGAGGCUUUGCGGCCCAGGACCAGGGCUGUGGGGAAGCUGUCACAGGGCUCUUAAGAGGCACCUUGGUAUUGUUACGGGGCUUUUUCUCUGCUGAAAGAGGAGAACGAGGAGUGCUGCUGGAGAGUAUGUGCUCCAGCGUGUCCGUUCACCUCAAACCAGCAGGAACCAGCAGGGCUCAAAGGAAGACAGGAAGCUGGCAGCCUUUUGCUCCCAGGGCUGCCUGGAACAGGAAGUCGCUCUGGUGUUGUCUGGACCUCCCAGGAUUUGAACCUAAGCCUCUUGCUUCCUUAAACAAUUCUGGUUGACAAAGGUUCAGAUUCUCUUAAAAACUGGCCCUGGCAAAUUUUGAAUGAAAUUUCAGGUGAACUUGUCCCUGCUGGCUCCACUUGAGGUUGUGCUAAUGCUGCUGGUAAACUGCCAAGCCCAGACGAGUCCUGAUGCAAGGUUGUCUAUGUGUUGCUACUCGAGUUUCCCUCACAUGUUUUUUGUUUUCCCCAGUUUGGAGAUCAUAAAAAUUUCCUGUUUUUCUCCCAUUAGUCAACUCCCUUAGUUGACCUGUUGCUUUAACUUUGAUAUUUUUCUUUUCCCUCCUUUCAAGUCUUAGAGACCAGCAUAGAAUCUGAGAAAGUGUUAUAGAAAGUUGGAAAUUUCACUGAACCUGAGGUCGUCCUAAAAAGUACCCCUUUAUUAUAUUUAUGGGUUAAAAUACCAGCUUAGUAUGGUGGCAAGGGCCUUGAUUCCCUUUUGAUGGACACACCCCUUCUCACUGUCACAGCCUUCAGUUGCUGCAGCGUAACAAAUGGAUCAGUGGCUGACUAUACAGGGCACAUCUGCAGAUAAGUUGCUUCAGCCAUAGAAUCUCCAUUAGCACAUACGCUUCCUCCCCCACUUCCUUUAAAAUCAUCUGGAAAGAACAUAUUUUGUGCCCCUGGGGAUUCCUGCCUGUUACAGUUUACAAAGAUGGAGCUGAGCUAGGAAGCCGUGAGGGCCUGUGUUGUGGUUUCGAUGCAUUAGACAGCUGGGUAUAAUGAAGUGGAGGCCAGCGUCUAGUCAGCUGUGGGAGAGGGUGGCUGGGGACAGGCUGGGCCUGGCUCCAUCUGUAAAGGAAGUGUCUGGGGUGUGAUGAAAUCACAGCUAUCUUGAAGUCUAAAAAGGAGACGAGGGGACCCUCAAGUAAGACCAAUGUGGAUGCUUAAAGAUGUGUGCUACAGUCACCAUUUCUCAGGUCAGAAUACUGUAAGUCUUCAAUAAAAUGACCGAUGCUUAAUGUG